CCAUCUGGACCCCGCGCCACGGCCGACCUGACAUAGGCGGGGUAUAUGUUUACUGUUACAAACAUGACUGCAAAAUCUCAAUCCUGCACUUCUCCAAUCCAGUUCCAAUUACUGCACUCGACUUUUCUGAUUCAUCACCAUGGGCAAGAAGAAGGUCCUUGUGAGCUACGGUGUUGACAUCGAUGCUGUUGCAGGUUGGCUUGGAUCUUACGGUGGAGAGGAUUCCACCAGCGACAUCAGCAGAGGGCUUUGGGCAGGGACUGUUGGUACCCAACGUCUACUAAAGCUUUUUGAGAAGUACGGCAUCAAGGCGACAUGGUUCAUACCAGGUCACUCUCUCGACACAUUCCCUGAAGAUUGCGCUGCAGUCCGCGAUGCAGGGCAUGAAAUUGGUCUCCACGGCUAUUCCCAUGAGAAUCCUGCAGAUAUGACCUUCGAGCAACAACGAGAUGUUUUGGACAAAACCUACAAGCAGCUCACAGAAUUCUGCGGAAAGCCUCCCCGGGGUUCAGUUGCACCUUGGUGGGAGACGUCUGCAGAAGGAACGGAUCUGCUCCUCUCUUACGGCAUUGAGUACGACCACAGCAUGUCUCACGAGGAUCACAAGUGUUACUGGCUACGUACAGGAGACGAGUGGACGAAGAUUGACUACUCAAAGAAUGCAGUUGAUUGGAUGAAGCCACUCACUAGAGGCACGGAAACGGGAUUGGUUGAGAUACCUGGUUCUUGGUACAUUGACGACUUACCACCAAUGAUGUUCAUGAAGAAAAGCGCGAACUCACACGGGUGGGUGAAUCCGCGAGAUGUGGAGCAAAUCUGGAUGGACCACUUUGAUUACUUCUACCGAGAGUAUGACGAGUUUGUGUUCCCAAUGACCAUUCACCCUGAUGUCAGUGGGCGGCCGCACGUUGUGCUUAUGCACGAGCGGAUCAUUGAGCACAUCAAUAAGCAUGAGGGAGUGGAAUGGGUUACCAUGGAGCAGAUGUGCGAUGAUUUCAAGAGGAACAACUCGCUGCCAAAGGAUGCGAAAUUACCAGCGCCACCGGGUGAAAUCCUGAAGAAGCAGAAGGCUGGUGAAGCAUACUCACUAGUGAAUUACAACGGGCCAACAGAUUUCAAGUAGACAUACGUGUAUGGUAUAUUUCAUGUCAGCCAAUCCAAGUAUAUUCCACUGCGCAACAGCAAAGUGGGGAACACGUGGCAAAACUUAAACAAGAUUUGGUUGUCUACAAUAUACAUAAUUAAUUGACAAAGUUUUAGCUAUAAAUAUUAUAGUAGCUGCAAGUACUGUGUUGAAGUUGUUCAGAUUGAAG